AUGUCAUCAAAACAUUUCUCGAAUGAUCCCUCGGCACUUGUCAUCGCCGGACUCCGGUCCCUAACAGCGAUUAACCCAUCUGUUGCGUUUGACGAAGCUCAGAAGACUGUGUUUCUAAAGGCCGCCGUCACCGAUCCCAAGGUCGCCGUCAUUUCCGGCGGUGGGUCCGGCCAUGAGCCGUCUUUCGCCGGCUUCGUCGGCAAGGGGCUUCUCUCCGGCGCGGUAGCUGGCUCGAUCUUUGCCUCGCCUUCUGCCGAUCAAGUCUUCCGUUGCCUCCUCCGACUGGGGUUUCAGCGGCGGGAGAACGGCAUCCUCGUUGUCAUUAUGAAUUACACCGGCGAUGUCCUACACUUUGGCAUGGCUGUGGAAAAGGCACGAGCUGCCGGUAUCCGGUGCGAUAUGCUCGUUGUCGGCGAUGAUGUUGGUGUUGGAAGGUCCAGAUCCGGAAGAGUUGGAAGGAGAGGGCUUGCUGGAACGGUGAUUGUUCAGAAGAUUGCUAGUGCUCUAGCAGCUCAAGGGCAUGGUUUGUCCGAAAUUCACAACACUGCCUCACAGGUUGCUGAAAAUCUCGUCACUGUUGGCGCCUCUCUUUCUCAUGUUCAUGUGCCAGGCAGGGCACCUUCAGGAGAUGAGUUGUCGUCAAACGAAGAGAUUGAGAUUGGCAUGGGCAUUCACAAUGAAGAAGGCUUCGGACGGGUCAAAGACAGUAUGUCCGGCGUGGUUUCCACAAUGUUGAACCAACUUCUGGACCAAAAUGAUACGGAUCGAGCAUUCAUCCGCAUCCAGAAGGAGGACAAGGUUGUCUUGAUGAUCAAUAAUCUCGGCGGCCUCAGUCAACUUGAGCUAGGCGCCAUCGCCAACGAGGUCAUUUCACAGCUUAGGGAGGGACAUGGCAUUCAGCCAAGAAGAGUCCUGAGUGGUACAUAUAUGUCCAGCCUGAAUGGGCUGGGCUUCAGUAUCACUCUUCUGAAGGUUGUUGAUGAGAGCUGGAUCCAGCUGAUUGACGCUUCUACACAAGCUAGUGGAUGGUUGCCCGCCAUCACCACUGCAGACCUACCUGAGAACCAGAAAGCUGCGACAUCUUCGCAGGAGAAAGACAUUGCCACUGACGAGGAACCUGUAGGAACCAACCUCAGAGUCGACAUUACUGUGACGAAAUCUGCCCUGACUAGUGCUCUGAACCAUGUCAUUGCUGUAGAGCCCGAAGUCACCAAGUACGACACACUAGUCGGCGAUGGCGACUGUGGUCUCUGUCUGAAGACCAGCGCUCAGGCAGUACUAGCAUAUAUCAACGAACAGCAAAGUCUAGAGGCAGAUGCCGGAAAGCUCAUCGACAACAUCGCUCGUGUAGUGGAAGGCAAUAUGGAUGGCACCUCUGGAGCCCUUUAUGCCAUCUUUUUGAACGCCCUCGCUCACGGGCUUAGAACGCAGUCACAGCAGAUCCAACAAGAGCAGCAAGCUACCGGUGAAAUCUGGGCAAAGGCUCUCCAGUCGGCGUUGUCGGCUCUUGGAAAAUACACACCAGCGCAGCCGGGAGACCGGACGGUAGUUGACGCCCUGGCGCCUUUCGUCUCCACAUUCGCGGCGAGCAGCAGUUUGAAGGACGCUGUUGAAGCAGCAAGGAAGGGGUGUGAGUCUACCAAAGGCAUGGAAGCGAGCUUGGGCAGAUCCGUGUAUGUGGGUGGAGAGGAGUGGAAGAAUUGUCCCGACCCGGGGGCGUAUGGACUUGUCAAGCUGUUGGAGGGUUUGAUCGCCAGCCCGUGA